CUUUGCUGGGUUUUUCUUUUCCGCCCUCUCGUCUCUCUCCCUCCCCCACUUCUUUUUCUCUUUUUUUACUGCCAUUCCUUUUUUUUUUUUGCCCUUUGGUGACGAAAAAAAUAAAAAAUAAAAACAUGGCGCCCUCUACACUCUUCCGUUCGGAAGAGAUGUCACUUAUACAACUGUAUAUUCCUGCAGAGGUAGCCCAACCUUGUGUUGCAGAGUUGGGUGAGCUUGGCAAGGUGCAGUUUAGAGAUCUCAAUCCCGAAGUAAACGCAUUCCAACGAGCAUUCGUUUCUGAAAUUAGAAGACUGGACGAAAUGGAACGUCUUUGCCGCUUCUUUAAUACACAGAUUGAAAAGGCAGAAAUUCCUAGUCGAUCCUUGACGACAGCUGCCUAUGGUUCGCGUGCACGCUCGGCUCAAGAAAUCGAUGAUCUUGAGGAAAAGCUAAAGGAGCACGAAGGCCGUAUCGUGCAAAUGAACGGCUCGUAUGAAACGCUUCAGCGUCGCAACCUGCAACUCACCGAACUCCGACAUGUCCUGCGCGAGACAGGUGGUUUCUUUGAACAGGCUGAAUCACGUCAAGAUACCAUCCGUAACUCGAUGGAUGAAGGUGACGCUUCGACGCCAUUAUUGGAACACGACGUGGAACAACAAAACCACGACGAAAUGGGCCGACUCAACCUGGGCUACGUCACCGGCGUUAUUUCGCGUGCACGCAUGCAGACCUUUGAACGUGUUCUGUGGCGCUCGCUCCGUGGCAAUUUGUACAUGAACUCGGCUGAAAUCGACGAGCCCAUUACUGACCCUGAUUCCGACGAGGUCGUGGACAAGAACGUGUUUGCCAUCUUUGCGCACGGUCGAGAAAUCAUCAACAAGAUCAAAAAGAUUUCCCAAAGCUUGGGCGCUACUUUGUAUACCGUCGAUGACUCUCCCGAUAAGCGACGUGAUGCAUAUCUUGAAGUCACCAGCCGUAUUGAAGAUUUGAACAAUGUUCUCUCAAACACAAGCCAAACUCGACGCGCUGAACUUCAAAAGAUUGCAGAAAACCUUUCCUCGUGGACCACUGUGGUUCGCAAGGAAAAGGCGAUCUAUCACACCAUGAACUUGUUCAACUAUGAUGUGAAUCGCAAGUGCUUGAUCGCAGAAGGAUGGUGUGCUACGAAUGAUAUUUCUAUUAUCCAGCAUGCUCUCAAAAAUGCUACGGAAGCAUCUGGCACCAACUUACCAUCCAUUCUGACCGAGUUGACGACCAAAAAGAAACCUCCUACAUACCAUCGUACCAACAAAUUCACAGAAGGCUUCCAGGCCGUCAUUGAUGCCUAUGGCAUUGCCCGUUAUCGAGAAGUCAACCCUGGUCUGUUUACGAUCAUUUCAUUCCCUUACCUCUUUGCAAUCAUGUUUGGUGACAUUGGACAUGGUUUCUUGAUGUUCCUGUUUGCAUUAUACCUUGUUUUGUAUGAAAAGAAGUUGGCCAAGGUCGACAACGAUAUCUUUAGCAUGUUCUUCAGCGGUCGUUACAUGGUGCUCUUGAUGGGUCUUUUCUCCAUGUAUGUUGGUUUCGUCUACAACGACAUGUUCUCGCUGUCACUUGACUUUUUCAAGUCCGGUUUUGAUUGGCCUAUUGAAUACAACUCCACCGAUACCGUGGAAGCCACAUCGAAUGGCCAUGUCUAUGCCUUUGGCUUUGAUCCAUCAUGGCACGGUUCCGAGAACUUUUUGCUGUUCUCCAACUCUUACAAGAUGAAACAGGCUAUCAUCAUUGGCGUAAUCCAUAUGCUUUUCGGUAUCUGCUUGCAAGUCUACAACCAUGUCAACUUUAAGAACAAGAUGUUUAUCUGGUUGGAGUUCCUUCCCCAAAUCUUGUUCAUGUCCAGCAUUUUCGGCUACUUGGUGUUCUGUAUCUUGUACAAAUGGAGUGUCGACUGGUGGGCUUUGGAUGACAAUGGCAACCAUAUUCAUAACGCGCCACCCAACUUGCUCAACAUGUUGAUCUACAUGUUCCUUUCUCCUGGUAACAUCAAUCCUGAGGAGCAGCUUUACCCCGGCCAGGGUCCCGUCCAAAUGAUGUUGUUGUUCAUUGCAUUGAUCUGUGUCCCAUGGAUGUGGUUUGCCAAGCCAUACUACCUCAAGAAGCAACACAGCAAGCAUCACUACGAGACCGUUGCUGCCGACGACGAGGUUGCGUAUGAUGAAGAACAGAACGGCCGUGCUGGCGGUUCGAAUGAAGCUGAAGAGGAUGAUGAGGGAGAAGAAGAGUUUGAGUUCUCUGAAGUCAUGAUCCAUCAAACCAUCCAUACCAUUGAAUUCUGUCUCAACUGUAUUUCCAACACUGCCUCAUAUCUCCGUCUGUGGGCCUUGUCUCUUGCUCACGCCCAACUGUCGAGUGUCUUGUGGGACAUGACCUUCAAGAUCUGGUUCGGCUUCAGCGGCGUGGUCGGCGUUGUUGGCUUGGUGAUCGGUUUCGCCAUGUGGUUUUCGCUUACCAUCUUUAUUCUGUUGGGCAUGGAGGGUCUGUCUGCCUUCCUUCACACUUUGCGUCUGCACUGGGUUGAAUUCGAUGGUAAAUUCUACAUGGCUGACGGUGUCAAGUUUGAGCCGUUCGCUUUCAAGACUGUUUUGGAAGCCAAAUCCGAGUAAAAUAUAAAGUAUAAAACAAAGCUCCAUACUACGAAAGGGGGUGGGGAAUAAAAAGAAAACCAUUCACAUCUACAGUCAGUCAUUUCCCCCAGCCCUGUGCUCGUCUUGCCUUUGUCAAGAACAUGCUAUAAUAGAUUUACGUGCAUUCUUGUCGGAUUGCUGGUUGCUUUGCUUGUGUCACGUGUGGAGUAGCCAUAUCUAUUAAAUAUUCACUGUUGUUGUUGCUAUAUCCUGAGCUGUCAGAGAAGUUUCUCUCUCUCUCUCUCUCUCUUUCUUUCUCUCUCUCUUACUUUCUUUACUUGGCUUGUUCUUGUUCUUCCCACACUCCGUAUAUUACA